AUGGAAAGGGCAGAAUCCCAGGACGAGAAUGUGGGAAAGGGGCCAUGGCUUAGAUUUAGGAGGAACAAGUCAUUGCUGGUGGCCUUGGUGAUUCAGGGGCUGGGGCUGCUGUUCUGCCUCACCUACGUCUGUCUGCACUACUACACUCUUCAGGCACAACAUACAUAUCCUCCAUUUGAAAGUAUCAGAGUACAGUUUACCAGGUGUGAGAACGGGAAAUGUUUCUUAGAAAUAGUCCAAAAUGUCCCAGAAACCAUGACGGUGCAGAACAACUCCAUUGUCAUCAACUGUGAUGGGUAUUAUCUCAUCUCCCUGAAGGGCACCUUCUUUCUGGACGUCGACGUCAACCUUCUAUACCGGAAGGACUGGAAGCCCCUUCUCCCCCUGACUAAGGUCAGGUCUAUGGAUGCUGUCACAGUGGCCUAUCUGGCUUACAAGGAUAAGAUCUACUUGAAUGUGACCUCUCAUACCUCUGGUGAUCCCUCCAGUAAUAACAUCACGGUGAAUGAGGGGGAACUGAUUCUCAUCCACCAGAAUCCUCCUGGUGCAUACUGUUUCCCUAAAGAUGGCCCUAGGGAGUCUGAUGGAAACUCCUAA